UUACCUAUCCAAAUUGCGCCCCCUCUCGACCAAUCGUUCCUUUAUUAAUCGAUCCUUGCUCUUCUUCUUCUCGAGCGAUGCCCUAGAACAGGGCGAUCCUUUUCCUCUCCUCUCCUCUAGUCUGGUGUUCCUUCGUAUCCCUCUCGUUCCUGUCCAAAACCCUAGCGUGGAUUCCUCCAGCACCGUCACCGAGCGGAAAUCCGUCGACCGGGGUCCGGUUCUAGGGUUUAUUCUAGGGUUUCCAGGCCCCGAUCAGCUGAAUUCUUGUGGGCUAUGAGGAGUUCCUUGCAAAAAGAUCUCGCCGUCUACGAUUUCAACGAAGAGGAGGAGGCCGUGGAGGCGGCGUCCGGGAAGUUCGCGGCCAGAAUCCAGUCCAGGUUGAAGGAAGCAGAGACCAAGUAUCAGUUCCUUGGGGCCUUCCACUCAGGCUUGAAUCUAAAGCGAACAGAUGUGACUACUGUUUGUAUAGAUUUGCACGAAAGAGAGGAUACCCGAGAGUCAUGCAUGGUAGAUACACCUCAAACAAAUCUGGCUUCUGUUGAUGGGAAAACCGAGUUGGAUGAAUUUAUGGCAUCUUCAGCAAGUUGUGAAGACAAUGGUCAUAUGUGCAAAGAUGACAAUGAGCCUGUAACUCUCACAAGAAGAGAUCCUCUAGUAACUGGAACUUCUAGUCUUACAGUACCUUCUGUAGGGGACAAAGAAUUCUCAGAGAUCCCAUCAGAUGGAACAGCAGUUGAUGUGAUUUCAGAUGAUGAAGGGAGCUGGAUGUCAGAAUCUGAAUCUCCAUCAACUACAGUUUCUGAUGUUGAGAAUGAAGGUUAUUUAGAACCCCCGAUCUCGGAUAAUUGUUAUGCUACAUAUGGAGAUGUGGUGGAUGAUGGCAUGACUGUCAUAGUUUUCCCUGAUUAUGUUAUAUAUAAGAACAUGUUGUAUGGAGAGUCUCGGUUAACCUUCUUUGCAGAUUUCAUUAAGAUCGAGUGUUCAGAUGCCAGUGGAAAUGAGAAACUAGUUUUAGAAUGUGCAGUUGCUGAUAUCAUUUAUAUUCAUCGCCAAUGGAGCGGAAGUGUUGAAGCUGCUUUGGUUAAACUUUGUCUUAGAGCAACUGAUGCUACUAGAAUUGAGAAACCUCAGAAGGAUGGUGAUUUGAAAAUAAUAUUUGCUGUUGCUGAUAUGCGUUGGUUUGAGAAGGAGCAGAAAAUCAAGAAUCUGGCAGAAAGAUAUGGAGAUAUAUGGAAUGUUCUUCCUAGUGAUGAUCUGGUGGGGGAAGACGGCGCCUUGGUCCCUGAAAUGUUGUUUUCAAGACAGUGCUUUACUGAAGUUGUGGAGCCCUUUGAAGAUGUCAUCUACCCUAAAGGAGAUCCUGAUGCUGUCUCUUUAAGUAAAAGAGAUAUUGACCUGUUACAACCAGAAACUUUCAUCAACGACACCAUUAUCGACUUUUAUAUCAAAUAUUUGAAGAACAAGGUUGAACCUAAUGAGAAGCAUAGAUUCCAUUUCUUCAACAGUUUUUUCUUCCGUAAGCUAGCGGAUCUAGACAAAGAUCAGGGCAAUGCUUCGGAAGGUAGAGCCGCCUUCCUACGUGUCCAUAAAUGGACAAGGAAAGUAGAUAUAUUUGCGAAAGAUUACAUUUUCAUACCAGUUAACUUCAAUCUGCACUGGAGUUUGCUUGUUGUUUGUCAUCCUGGAGAAGUUGCAACUUUCAGAGAUGAUGACAUAAAGGAGUCUUCUAAAGUACCUUGUAUAUUGCAUAUGGAUUCCAUUAAGGGCAGUCAUACUGGUCUCAAGAAUAUUAUUCAAAGUUACCUAUGGGAGGAAUGGAAAGAAAGACACCCAGAAUCAUCGGAGGAUAAUUCAUCAAAGUUCUCGAACUUAAGAUUUGUCUCACUCGAGUUGCCGCAACAGGAGAAUUCAUUUGACUGCGGCCUUUUCUUACUUCACUAUGUGGAGUUGUUUCUGGAAGAAGCUCCAGCAGAUUUCAGCCCUUUCAAAAUCACCAAAUUCUCCAGCUUUCUUGGUGCUGAUUGGUUUUCACCAGUCGAGGCUUCUCUGAAGCGUACUGUUAUUCGGAAGCUGAUACAUGAUCUUCUCAAGGACUCCUCUCCAAAGGUUGUCCCAGCUACAUGUAGCAAUGGACAUCUUUCCUCAGGGUUUCCGGAAAUUGAUGUUGAUCAUGAACCCAUCAUAGAAUUUUCGCCUGAGCAUUCCCGUGAAAACAAGCCAGCAGUUAGUGAUUCAAUAGCUCCUACUGGCAAAGAAAAUGAAAAUGAUGUUGUGCAAGUAUCAGUGGUUGAAUUUCUUCCCCAGUUGUGCAGUCCAGCUAAGCCAGUAAUUUGUGAUUCAUUAGGGCCUGCUGCUGACAGAGGACUUCAAAUUGAACUAUCUUGUAAUGUCACCCAAUGUGAUAAACAAGUGGGAUUGGUUUUGCAGGAGUUUCUUGAACCAGGAGCAACUGAAGAGUCUUAUCCUAAGCUCCAAGAAAAUUCUUGUCAACAGGAUGAACCAUUUCAGAAACUUGCAUCUACAGCAUAUCUGGAACAAGUGGAUGCAGACAUGCAAGUAGUUUCCUCAAGCCCUGACAAGGAUGAUUCCCGACCACAAGAUGGAAGCCCCAAUUCCCAGAUUUGUUCAACUACAUAUUCCCCAAAGGUUGUUGGAACACAUGGCACAUCAUGGAGCUCGGUGCAAGAAAAUGAAGCAGUUGUUACAUCACUUGAAACUUUUACCAUGAACCAUACAGUUUCUGAUAAGAACCAGGAAGCCGUAAAGUCAGGGUCUGCCUUGCCUGAAAGCUUAGGGUAUGUUUCAGAUAGCCCUUCCCGUUCUUCUGCGGAGAAACAGGAUGGUUGUGUCGAGUUCUCUCAGGAAACCGAUACUGUUAAGGUGAAGAAUGAGGAUCACAAAGAUUCCCAGGUAAUUGAUCCAAUGAAGUGGGACAGUGGGGAUGGUGCAGAUUGCAAGGAAGUUCACUCAUCUGAGGCCAAGAUUGGGAUUGGUGGAGCUUGCCAGGAGCCAAGUACAACUGAGACACAGGAUGGAGAUGGUGGAAACUGCCAGGAACCGGAUGCUACCAGGGCGGAUGAUGGAGAUGGCAAAGAGUGCCAAAAGAAUGAUGUUAUUAAAGCGGAUUGUCUGGAUGGUGAAUGUCAGAAGGUUGAUGCCACUGAAUCGGAGUGUGGGCUGCAUGCUGGUCCUUGCCAAGAGGAUCUCCCUGCCGCAUCCAGUCAAGAUAUCGUAAUAGUUGAUGAUGGGUAUUCAUUGGAUGGCAACAAUGAUGGGCAGCAGACCGUGAAGAGAUCAGAACAGCAAGCUUGCAAACGUCGGAAAGUUACGCCUCCUUUAGGAGGCAGAAUGCGCACCCGAAGCUUCACAAGAGACUUUCCAUCUUGAUCUUUGAAUGGCUCUCUAAGAUUAUUAUGUCAUUCACUUGAUCAUUGUACCAUGUAAAUUUUUUAUGACAUACAAGCAGUUUGUGUCAGGUCAUAUAGGAUAUCCAGUUCUUACAUCUUUUGUUCUUUUACUCGUAUUGGUGAAUAUAUUUGUUAGCCUUGUCAUUAAUGACUGGUUUGGAUGCCAUUGCCUUCCACAAUGAAUCAGGCCCUAUGUGGCAGUGCUCUUAAUGGUAGUGCUUUUGUUUAUAGAG